UUAUUGUCGUUUCUAACUGUUUCUAGCUUCUGUUACCGAAGAUAAGGUGUACUGAACCAUCUCCGCCGUGUAGAGGCUCUGGCUGGUUUGGUCAGGUGGAGCAACCCUCCCACCUACUGGAGGAGCCGCGCCAGAACUCCAGCUUUAGCCGCAGGAUUUAGCAAAGCCCCGUCAGGAGCAGCGUGCAGCUGACUACAGCAUUGUUCCAGGUGACAGGCUAACAUUAGCAAUGAGUGCUGCCAUGAACUUUAGAAACUGCGGCUCUGUGCUGGUGACCGGAGCCAGCCGAGGCCUCGGGCUGCAGAUGGUCGACAGCCUGGCCACAGGAGGCUUCUCCCCCGGCAAGAUUAUAGCCACGAGCCGAAACCCCGCGAGCACGCAGAAACUUCAGGAACUGGCAGACAAUCAUCCCUGCAUCCACAUCAUCACUCUGGAUGUAUUGGACCAGGAGAGUAUAGAGAAGUGUGUGGAGGAGGUGGACCAGCUGGUCCAAGAAGAGGGUCUGAACUGCCUGAUCAACAACGCAGGGAUUAAUGUGGUGGCCGACUUUCAUACUGUCACUGCAGAGAAGAUGAUAGAAAACUUUCACACUAAUGCUGUGGCCCCUCUAAUGAUCACCAAGGCCUUUCUACCUCUGUUGAAGCGAGCUGCAUCUAGAGGAGCAGGCGGUGCAGGGAGCAUGGGCAUCCAGAGGGCAGCAGUCAUCAACAUGACCUCUCUCCUCGGGUCUGUGGAGCUCAACUGGGGGGAACGGGCCAACACCUUUAAAUGGUACCCCUACAGGACAUCCAAGACUGCCCUCAACAUGGUGAGUCGCUGCAUGGCUGUAGACCUGGAGCCGGAGGGGAUUCUCUGUAUGGCGAUACACCCCGGCUGGGUCCGCACUGACAUGGGGGGGUCCGAGGCUCCGCUGAGCUCCGAGGAGAGCGUUGCUUCCGUCUUGUCUGUGAUUGGUGGACUUACUGAAAAGGAUCAUGGGUCAUUUCUGAACUAUACAGGCGAGACUUUGCCUUGGUGACCUCGUUUAGAAGCACUACUAGCGUAGUUUGUUCAGUUUUUCAACUAUGCAAAGAGUGCAGUGACUAAAUAGUGCACCGUGUUCUAGUAGAAAUUGUGUUCCACAAUCAGUUAAUAAUUGGGGGAUUAUUUUAAAAUAAUUGAUGAUAAAAGUACUGUAGAUGGUGUACCGUUUGCUGUAGCUUAUCUUUUAAGCUCUAUAAGGUGCACAUAGUACACUUUUAGGUAUUUUCAUUCCUUCAUACUUCUAACACGACACACAGAAGUUAUCUAAGCUGUUCCAAUGUAAACUUUAGCAAAGUGAAUUAUCUGCUGUUGCACUUUUCCGCAUCUUGCAUUGCAAGAUUCAAAUUUAGUAUUUUUAUGCAGUAAACUGUACUCUAGUUACUGUAGUUACCAUAUGUACACUAGAUUUUGCUGCUACUUGAAGUUAAAAUAGAAAUGUGAACUAUAUUUGAGACUGUUACUGUUUUGAGCAUUUCAUUUCAGCAUUAUUGUUGUAGAACUUUAAUAAAAGUUUGAAUUU